UUUAGCUGAGCAGUGUUUCAAAAUGGUUUAGUGUGAGGGUUUAAGUGGUUGUGCUGGUGGGGUUUAAGUCUCUGGCGGAUUAUCUCUCAGUGUAAUGCUGAACUAGUUAUUGGACAGGUUGUGGCUCUGAAAUCUGCCUUCACGUUAAGUUUUAGUUUCAUUGAGGUUUUGCUCCAACGGGAGGAGAGAACCGCGAGCUGUUUCCGUCGUCAUGGAGACCCACUUUGUGUACGGAAACGUCAUUCAUCAGCCCGGCUUCUUGGUGAAAUAUUAAUGUCAGUUUAACGUCCCUUUCUUAGUUAUUGUUGCUGCAAAAACGUCAUGCGUGGAGACAAAGACUAAACAGAGAGAAAAGCUGAGGGAAGACAUGACAGUUUGCCUAUACAAAUGUCUGACAGCGGCUGGGCUGCAGCGUCAUUACGCAAGGUUCACCUUGAUGGGGGUCCAUCAGGCGACCCACCUUUCAACUCUGAGGAUGGAGGACUACCCCCUCCUUGGUGUUUGCUCAAUGGAGGACAGAGCUCGUCUUUUCCAGCUUGUCCAACUGGUCAAAAGUCUUGAUAUAAGGAACCUUACAUAUGAUGAUAUUGGGAUUUACAACGAGUCUUAUUAUGAAGGCAGCGAUGCGAUCUUUCCUGCUAAUAACAAUAAUUUCAGUCCUGAUGGUUAUGGAAACCCGGAUGGAGAUGGGAGAAAGGAUGCAGACGAAAGUGGCGCUUUUAGGUGUAUUUCCAAUGGAUCCCAUCGUAGACCGUCAUCCGUCCGCAGGAGGCUGGAUUUCUCUGCUGAAAACACAGAUCACAGAUUGUGUUGUCGUUUCGAAGACGCUAUUCAUGUCUAUGCAAGUCACAACAGGAAUGACGAUCAAGUUCACGAGAGCGUGUCAGCCACACCCAUUCAGCCAGGGUUUCGCAGCAGUGCCGUGAUGAGUGACCUUCAGCAUGCCAACAACAGUAAUCUAAAUGAGCGUAGCUUUGAUUCUCACAACGGAGAAAGCAUCAAGCACAUCACACGAGGAACUUCAGUGUUCAACUCUCACAUCAGAUUGCUACCAAAGAGUAAGACGUUCAACAAAGCCAAUACCCGUCCAGCACCAGUAACAUUGGAAUCCUCUAACAACAAACCAUCGCCGCAGAAAGACAGAAAAGCAAUCUCCAGGAAGAAAAUCUGCUCUACAGUUAUUUCCAAGCCCACGCCUGUUUAUGAAGCAAAAAGAACAGCCGGCUACAACUAUGGACUGCCUCUGAGUUCUCCCCAGGCUGCAAACAGACAUGUUGAAGGACAACGGAUCAGCGUGUGCGUGAGAAAACGACCCUUGACUCGUGCAGAGUGCAGAAGAGGAGAGGCGGACGUUGUGACUACUCCAAGCGGAGACUGUGUGGUUGUGCACGAAAGCAAAGAAGCUGUGGAUCUUACAGAGUACAUACUACAGCACACAUUCCACUUUGACCAGGUUUUUGGGGAGAAGAGCUCCAAUGAAGAGGUCUAUGAGAAGACGGCAUACCCUUUGGUGCAGCACAUGCUCAGUGGAGGCAAGGCCACCUGCUUUGCAUAUGGACAGACAGGUGCAGGAAAGACUCACACCAUGCUGGGUUCUCCCCCCAGAGGGACUGGGUUAUAUGCUCUGGCAGUUCGGGACAUUUUCGCUCACCUGUCUGCGACACGCGCGUCACGACUGGUUUAUGUCAGCUUCUUUGAAAUCUACUGCGGUCAGCUGUAUGAUUUGUUGGAACAUAGGAAAAGGUUAUUUGCCAGGGAGGAUGGAAAGAAAAUGGUCCACAUUUCAGGUCUGCGGGAUGUCAGAGUGGAUUCAGUCAGCUCACUGCUAAAGGUAAUUUCACAGGGAACAGCUGCACGAACACAAGGAAUGAGUGGUGUGAAUCCUCUUUCCUCGCGAUCUCAUGCCUUGCUUCAGAUUCAGCUCAGGGAUCUCAACCAACAGAUAGCUGGAAGAAUAUGGUUUGUGGACCUGGCAGGAAGUGAGAGGGCAUCGGACGCCAAAGAGCCAAACAAACAGAGUCGUAUGGAGGGAGCUGAGAUCAACCAGAGCCUGCUGGCUCUGAAAGAAUGUAUCCGAUCUCUUGACAAGGAGGAAUCCCACACACCCUUCCGACAAAGCAAACUCACUCAGGUUUUAAAAGACUCGUUUGUUGGUGACUCUAUGACGUGUAUGAUUGCCAACAUUUCACCGGGUAGCUCAACAAUCGAACACACACUGAACACUCUGAGAUAUGCAGACCGUGUGAAGGAGCUGAGAGGACAAACUGGGCCAGUAGGAAGAGGAAGACGCAGCGUGUCUGACAAAAACAACAGGUCUGGCAGUGGCAGCAACAGAGGGAACAGAAGAAAUGUAGGAAUUUUGAAAAAUCCAAAUUUUGGAAACCGGAACCUGAAUUUUAGUCCCAAAUCACCCACAAUGAGAUCUCACAUGUGGGACACAGUCUUCUGCUCAACACCCAAAAAAAACACCUGUGGGGAGGGAACACAGCCAAGAGACAGAAAAGACGUACCACUUAAACAUAUUACUCAGAUCCGAGGGAGGUUGACGCCGGGUGAUGGCAGGUGUUUGGGUAAAGGGCCAGAGGUCAUACGGGACAGCAGACCAGAAAAUGAAAGGUACAACGAUAUUCACGGUUGCUGUGUUAAAGGGAAACAUAGCAGAGCAUGGGGGAUGUUGGGGCAACAAAACAAGGGAAAGGUCAGCGGGGCUGAUUUAGCUGUUUCUGAAGGGGAAUGUGGAUUCCACCCAAAAAAGGAGAGCCACCAGCGGACUGAGGCAGAGGAACCAGAAGGGAAAGAAAUGAGAAGACAGGUGGAUAGCUGCAGGGAUGAAGAGGAGGUAAAGGAAAGAGAGUUAUAUAAAGCUGACAGUUAUGAGAAAGUGAAGCAUCUGAGAGAGUAUCAUGAGCAGCUGCAGAGGUUUUUACCUUCACCAGCUUCUUCGUCCGUCUAUCCCCUCUCACCGUCUGCGUGUCCGUCUUCCUCGUCUCUCCUGCACUCAUCUCACUCUUCAUUCUUCACCCAAAUGGAUCCCUGUUUGGAGGAGACUUCACAUGUGCAAACUGAAACCUCUACCAACAACGGGGAGAAUGUUACUGAGGAAGACAAGCGUGAAAGCGAGAGGAAGGUGAUGGCUGGGGCAGCGGCUAAAGUAACUAUGAGGAGGGAGGAUAAGAGGCCAUCUGGUAGGAAGGGGGGAGAAAUUAGGUACUGCUGGGUGGGAAGUACAGAGAUGGAGCCUGUGGGUGUGAUCCCAUCAAAUGCAGAGGCAAAUCUGUCUUGUAGCCAUGAUUCAGAGGUCAGAGAAGAUGUGCGUUUACAGAGACUGGAAUCAAGAGACAGAGCGUGGAGCCAAGAGCAGAAAGGAGUGUCUGACCACUACAGCAGAAAUCCUCUGUUUGAUUCACCUCAUCUGCAAGCUAUUGCUGAGAGGCCUCUCUCUCCAGUUUGUGAAGAUAACAGCAAAAUGUCUGCUUUACCUCAAGAUGGUGUUUGUAGAGAUUCUUCAAGCUGCAUUGUGGAUCCUCUCAGCAUUUUCCAACUUGAUGUGGACCAGCAGGCAGCUCAAGGGGACAACAGCAACACCUCAAUCUGUCCUGAUAAGAGUGAUGGUGGGAAAGAUGGGAGGAGAGAAACUGGAAAAGGAUGUCCCUGCUAUGUAGACGAGGUGGAGGAGCUGAUGAACGAUGAAUACGCAGAAUUUGACUUGUCUCCUUUGGAGUUGCCACACUUAAAGAUCCUUGAGAUUAAUACAUCUGCUACUUCGGACACUCCAACAGCAGCUGUUCACCGUGAGCGUCAGAAAAACCUCACGACCACUGUCGGAGGAAGAGGUGUGGCUUUAUUUUGA